ACUGCCAACAGAGCCACCUUACCCAAGGUAAUGCCCCCUCCUAGAGGCUACCUGCAUCCAAUGACGCAGACCUCAAAGAGCCCAUCCUUCUUAGCUCAGGUACAGAAAAUCUCUGAGGGCCACCUCAGCUCAAGAAACUUGUGAGAUGGGCUGAGGCCUCUGUUGCAAAUAUAUCACCGUUCAACUUUCCCUCUAAACAAUUCUCCUACCCACCCAAAAGGUGCUGAUCCUGAGACCACUCUGAAAUAAAUUUCCUCACACAAAUCUCUGUCUUAAGAGUCUAUUUCCCAGGAAACCUGACUUACAGUGUAGCUAACACUGUAACAGAAAUGAAAACAAACCAAAAAACUCAGAAAAAUUAACCAGAUACUGGAUUAAUUUCCUCUUUUCCAUUUCUCGCUUUUCAAGAAUCCUGUCCACCUUCUUUCUCCUUGCUAGAGACAGAGUCCUGUUCCUUCCAGGGCCUUCAACCAGCCACUCCUCAACGCCACAGGCAGAAACACCAGACACUCUGAUCUUCCAGGACAGCAGUGGGUAUCGCAGAUCCCAGUUCUUCCCCUGGGUCCUGCAGCUGCACUUCUCUUGAAGUCUGGUCCCUUCAGGAGAACAAAGGAGAGGAGUGGGUGAAGCAGAGGAAUCCAUAUAGGAGGAGAAGCUGGUCCUGGCAGCUCCUUACUGGCCUCUUUCUUAGAGCCGAGUCUAGGAAGAAGUGAUAGCCCUAAGGACAGAGACAUGGGCCCUGCUGGCUGUGCCUUCACGCUGCUCCUUCUGCUGGGGAUCUCAGGGUCUUGCUCAUGUUCUUUUCCCAAAAAGAAAGAGUUGCAAUCAGUGUGCGGGCGACCUGUAUACUCAAGCCGCAUUACAGGUGGCCAGGAUGCUGCUGCAGGGCGCUGGCCUUGGCAGGUCAGCCUAUACUUGGACGACAACUUCAUCUGUGGAGGUUCCCUCAUCAGUGAGAGGUGGAUACUGACAGCAGCACACUGCCUACCAAGGACCUGGAAUACUUUUUCAUAUACUGUGUGGCUGGGAUCGAUUAAAGUAGGUGACUCAAGUAAAAGUGUGAAGUACUACGUGUCCAAAAUCAUCAUCCAUCCCAAGUACCAAGAUACAACAGCAGACGUUGCCUUGUUGAAACUGUCCUCUCAAGUCACCUUCACUUCUGUCAUCCUGCCUAUUUGCUUGCCCAAUAUCACAACACAAUUGGCAAUUCCAGCCUCUUGUUGGGUGACUGGAUGGGGAAAAGUUAAGGAAAGUUCAGAUAGUGAUUAUCAUUCUACCCUUCAGGAAGCAGAAGUACCCAUUAUUGACCACCAGGCUUGCGAACAGCUCUACAACCCCAUUGGUAUCUUCUUGCCAGCACUGGAGCCAGUCAUCAAGGAAGACAAGAUUUGUGCUGGUGAUACUCAAAACCUGAAGGAUAGUUGCAAGGGUGAUUCUGGAGGGCCUCUGUCUUGUCACAUUGAUGGUAUAUGGAUCCAGAUAGGAGUGGUGAGCUGGGGAUUAGAAUGUGGUAAAAUUCUUCCUGGAGUCUACACCAAUGUAAUCUACUACCAAAAAUGGAUUAAUGCCACCAUCUCAAGAGCCAACAAUCUGGACUUCUCUGACUUCUUGUUACCUAUUGUACUACUCUCUCUGGCUCUCCUGGACCUAACAUUAUACAGAGUAGGCACUAUAGCUGAAGCCGUUGGUUGCAUACAGGGCUGGGAAGAGAAUGCAUGGAGAUUUAGUCCCAGGGGCAGAGACCUCACAGGAGAGCCACUGGUAACUCUGGAUGACUUUAUUUAUAAUUUGAAAUGAUUUUAAGGUUCUUGAUUUUGGAAUUUUUGGAGUUGGAAUGUGAACAGUUAAGAAAUAAAGCUGUCACUUCUGUACAUUCUUUGUCCCUGACUAAUGCAUCUUCCAAAGCAGGAAGGAUGUCCUCUAUGAAUAAGUAUUUGUAGACACAAAUUAAAUAGCUACUACAGAGGCAGGCAAGGCAAAAAGUAUCUGUGAUGACAUAGGAAAAUAUAUUAAGGGUAUACCUUGUGCCCAUGGGUUGCAUCAGGGGCUUAUAAUCUAUUAUUUCUCACCUCCUCUACUAUCUUUAAGUUUCCUUCUAACUCCCAUCUACCCCUCAACUGUAACAAGAGGGCUAAUAAAAACUUCAUAUAAAGCCAACUCUAGGCACACUGCCUAUGGAUUAGCUAACCCUGCUCCAUAAGGAGCAGCAAAAAAAUAGGAGGAAAAAAAAGAGAGAUGCAAACAUGGA